CGUCAAUCGCCACAAUGGCUAGUCAUGCAGUGGGCGACAAUGCCAUCAGUGCAGCACCCUUAGCCGCUACUGUUGAUGCCAAGAAUCGUGCUUCGAUUACUUCUAGCCCUGCAGCUGCAAGUUUGAAAAACGACACUAUUGCUACAGUGGCCAGCAAUAGAAGAUGGUUCAGCUGGCAUGAGCCUGGGACGUCACCAGAGGAAAAGAAGCUUAUUUUCAAGCUUGAUUGGUUCAUGCUGAGUUUUGCAUGUCUGAUGUUUUUUAUCAAGCAGCUUGAUCAAAACAAUAUUUCCAAUGCUUAUGUGUCAGGAAUGGCGGAUGAACUCGGCUUCGGUCCUGGAAACGAACUCUCCUGGAUGAAUACCUAUUUCUCCAUCGGCACAAUCUUGGGUGGUCUCGUCUCCAACUUGAUCAUCACCGUCUUGCGUCCUCGAAUCUGGCUCUCAAGCUGCCUCAUAACCUGGUCCGUCUUCGUCCUGGCUCUGUUUAAGUGUAACCACGCCUAUCAAUUCUAUGUUCUUCGGUUUUUCAUCGGUGUAUUUGAGUCCGCUGCUUGGCCUGGCGUUAUGUACUGCUUGGGUUCCUGGUAUCGCAAGAGUGAGCUAGCACGUCGAAGUGGGCUUUUUGUAAUGAGCGGUGUUAUCGGCCAGAUGUUCUCUGGAUAUCUGCAAGCUGCUCUAUUUACUGGUAUGCAUGGCAAAGGAGGGAUGUCCGCUUGGCGAUGGUUGUUCAUUUUCGAUUUCAUCCUCGCUAUCCCAGUUGCGGCCUAUGGAUUUAUCACUUUCCCUGAUACUCCACAUACCACAAGAGCCUUCUAUUUUAACGAAUGGGAAAGAGAAAGGUCCCGCCAGCGUAUCGAAGAGGAGGGCCGCAAGCCCGUGGGAAAGAUGGACUGGAGUGUUAUACGUCGAAUAUUUGGCUCUUGGCAGGUGUAUGCGUUUACGGCAGCAUACUCUUUCUGGACUUUGACAUGUGGAAGUUACGUGAUGCAGUAUUUUGGGAUCUACCUGAAAAAGACUGGUUGGUAUACGGUACCUGAGAUCAACAACAUCCCAACUUGUAUCGGUGCUGUCAACUUUGUGGUCAUGGUAUCAACAGGCUACAUCGCCGAUAAGCUCGGUGGGCGUGCUCUAGUCUGUGGUGUUGUAGGAUGCUGGAUGAUUCUCAACUACUCCAUCCUCACCGCGUGGGACGUUCCUCACAAGCUACGAAUGGCGGCUUUCAUCAUGCACGGCUGCUACGGAUGCUUCACACCUCUGAUCGCAGGCUGGGCCAACGAGGCUUGUGGCGGCGACCAGCAGAAGCGUGCAUUUGUACUGAGCUUCAUGGUUUCUGUUGGUUCUGCGGUGGUUAUUCCCUUCCAGCAGAUCCAGAUGGCAUCUGGUGAAGCUCCUGAGUUUGCAAAGACGCAUGGAUGGGGAAGUGCACUGGCCUGGGUUGUGGCGCUGACACUGUGGACUGGUGCCGGUUUACCCUUGGUGCAGAGAUGGAGGCAGAAGGAGGUUGUAGUGAGUAAUCGAGAGGAUGAGGUGACUGAGGUCUAGGUACUCUUCUAUAGUUUCAUGCCUUAAUAUCGAAGUCCAGAUAAAGAGUCC